AUGAAUAUUUUAGGAAAAACUUGUGUGCGGGUCUUCAGAAUAGAUCAAAGUACACGUACUACCUCCUUACUCGUUAGAAAUACAGCUGCCUACAAGAGUGCAUUGUCUUUGGAAAAUUUCUACCCAGAUAGCAGCUUGAGAUUGAGGACUCCAAAGGCACCAUCAGCUACUGAGACAUUCAAUGGCUACAUACCAAUGGAGGAACUUGAAAUUACCUACAGCAGGAGUACCGGCCCUGGUGGACAAAAUGUAAAUAAAGUUAAUACCAAAGUAGAUGUAAGAUUCCAUUUGGAAAAUGCAAAAUGGCUUAGUAAUAAGGACAAAGAAAGGCUAUUAGAAAAGUUGGGACCCAAAUUAACCAAGGAUGGCUACCUAAUUUUUCGCUCAGACCUAACAAGAUCCCAGCAAUUAAACUUAGCAGAUUGCCUUGAAAAGAUGAGACAAUCUAUAAGAGGCUCCUUGGUACUUGAAGCAGUACCAUCUCCAGAGACUCAAGAAAGAAUCAGGCGCAGGUUAGAACAUGCUGCUACUGAAAGAUUGAUGAAUAAGAGGCAAAGGUCACAAGUGAAAAAUGAAAGGCAAGCACCAGGUGUAUUAUAA